CUGCAGUCAAAUAUAACUCUUAUUUGAAAAAGAGCCGCAAUAAGUACUUGAGUGAUCUUGAGGCAACUUUUGAAAACAUUUUAAACUGAAUUUGAAAGCACCGCUUGCAGUCAUGGGACCGAUUCUUCUAAACUGUACGGGGAGCGACCACCAAGAAUAUAUCAAACAACAGGUUCAAGUGAAAAAUCCCUAUUUGGACACCAUGGAGGAGGACAUUCUCUACCACUUCAGUUUGAGCACCAAGACUCACAAUCUCCCUGAAAUGUUUGGAGAUAUUAAGUUUGUGUGUGUUGGUGGCAGUGCGAAUCGAAUGAAGUCUUUCGCCCAGUUCAUCCACCAGGAGCUCAAGCUGCCUGGACACCCAGAAGUCAGGGAUAUCUGUGAGGGAACUGAUCGCUAUUGCAUGUACAAAGUGGGGCCGGUGCUCUCGAUAAGUCAUGGCAUGGGUGUCCCCUCCAUCUCCAUUAUGCUGCACGAGCUCAUCAAACUGCUGCACCAUGCCCAGUGCCGUGAUGUGGUCUUGUUUCGCCUGGGAACAUCUGGUGGAGUCGGUCUGGCUCCAGGCACGGUGGUGAUCACAGAUAAAGCAGUGGACUAUUCUUUCCGUCCCCAGUUCGAGCAAGUGGUUCUGGGUAAAGUCAUCACCAGGAGCACUGAGUUGGACGAGGGAGUGGCCAGCGAGCUUCUGCAGUGCUCCUCAGAGCUUCAGAACUUUCCAACAGUAAUUGGAAAGACCAUGUGCACCCAUGACUUCUAUGAAGGUCAAGGCCGACUUGACGGCGCUCUUUGCUCCUUCUCUCAUGAGGAAAAACUGGAGUAUCUGAGGAAAGCUUAUGAAGCGGGAGUGAGGAAUAUUGAAAUGGAGUCCACCGUCUUUGCUGCCAUGAGCCGUGUCUGUGGCCUCAGAGCGGCUGUGAUCUGUGUUGUUUUGCUGAACCGCUUUGAGGGAGACCAGAUCACCUCCCCUCAUGACGUUCUGGUGGAGUACCAGCAGAGACCUCAAGUCCUGGUUUCCCACUUUAUCAAGAAACGCCUUGGACUGGCUGCCUGAAACCCCCACGCACUCUAAAAACUGUAUAUAGCUUGGACUGAUAUGUGGAUAUGUAUAUAUAUAUGUAUACUGUACUUAACAUGUUGAUAUGUGAAUUAGACACGUAUUUAAAAGUUAAGCUUUUCAUGAUUUAUUUGAUGAAGCUAAAAUAUGAAACCUGUUGCAUAUGUAUAUGUAAGUAUGUGUUGUAUGUUGUAAUAUUUAAUGCUUUGAUAUCUAUGUGACAAAACAUAUAUUUUCAAAAUAAUGCGUUCUGUAUGUUGAUUUCCAUGUUUAUGUCUGCCAAGACUGCAAUUUACAGACCAAUCAUUUUAAGUGUAACCACAGAUAUAACAGAUAAAGAGAUGACUCUGAAUCCUGAGGGGAUGUUUGGAGGAUUAGGAAACCCACUUAACAUUUGAAUUUUUGGAAUAAAAAAUAGCAGUAGAGGAGAUUUGCAAUCUGUCAGUAGCCUCUAGUUUUAAAAGGCUUUUCUUCAUAAACGCUUUCAAGCCAUUAUUAUUCCUUAGUAGUUUUAAAUGACACAAGAAGAUAGAGUAGACCCACCAGCAAGGAAUCUGCACAUUAAAUGUGUUCAUAAAUACUCACAUGUACAUAAUAAUAUUCAGUUGCUUCUGCCUUGAAAUUUUGCUUUUAAAGAUGCAAACUUCAUGACAUAUGCUGUUGAUAAAUAACUACAGACUGAUAAUUGUGUAUAGAUAUCAUUUUUUUUGUUGGAUGUACAUGUUUAUCAUCACUCAGAGACACUGGAUGAUCCUGUAUUGCUCAUGUGGUGCUACGGAGGAUAACAUCUGCAUUAAAAGUUGAUAAGAGAA